UUUCGGGUCGGUGAGGUUGGGGAGGCGGGCUAGGUGGGUGCAGAGGCUUGCGCUGGCUUGCACCGGCUUGACCCCCGACUCGAAGCAGCAGAGGCCCGUGCUUCCGGUGUCCGCCGGCUGAAGACCGUCGCUCCCUCUCGGUUCCGCGCCGGCUCCGAAUCUCGACCGCGGCGGGGGCCAGCGGCCCCUCCCUUCCCCUCUGAGUCUAGAAGAUGAGCUUCCUCUUCAGCAGCCGGUCUUCUAAAACAUUCAAACCAAAGAAGAAUAUCCCUGAAGGGUCUCAUCAGUAUGAACUCUUAAAACAUGCAGAAGCAACUCUAGGAAGUGGGAAUCUGAGACAAGCUGUUAUGUUACCAGAGGGAGAGGACCUCAAUGAAUGGAUUGCCGUUAACACUGUGGAUUUCUUCAACCAGAUCAACAUGUUAUAUGGAACUAUUACAGAAUUCUGCACUGAAGCAAGCUGUCCAGUCAUGUCUGCAGGUCCAAGAUAUGAAUAUCAUUGGGCAGAUGGUACUAAUAUUAAAAAGCCAAUCAAAUGUUCUGCACCAAAAUACAUUGACUAUUUGAUGACUUGGGUUCAGGAUCAACUUGAUGAUGAAACUCUUUUUCCUUCUAAGAUUGGUGUCCCAUUUCCCAAAAAUUUUAUGUCUGUGGCAAAGACCAUUCUAAAGCGUCUGUUCAGGGUUUAUGCCCAUAUUUAUCACCAGCACUUUGAUUCUGUGAUGCAGCUGCAAGAGGAGGCCCACCUCAACACCUCCUUUAAGCACUUUAUUUUCUUUGUUCAGGAGUUUAAUCUGAUUGAUAGGCGUGAGUUGGCACCUCUUCAGGAGUUAAUUGAGAAGCUUGGAUCGAAAGACAGAUAAAUGUUUCUUCUGGAACACAGUUACCCUCUUGCUACUGCUAGAGCUAUCUCAUUGCUAUCUGUUAUAGGCUAGUGAUGCAAACUUUAAGAAAACAGGAUAAAAAGACACUCGUUGUCUGUGUCUAGAGAUAAAAUUGUCUCAAAGGUAGAUUGGCCUAAUACCUUCAGAGUGAGAAAUUCAGGAUAGCCGAAUCUGAGGCACUAUGUGACCACUCCUGUUACUGUCACAGAGUCACACUUGGUUAUAAUAUGUGAUGACUAACCAGUAGUUUAUUCGUUUACUUAUUAUUUCUUUUACUGAAGAAAAUGAUUGAGACUGUUUCAGGUGACAAAACAUAAAUGGGUAAUAAGAAUUUCCACCAAUAAUUUAUUAACAAGUUUCCAGAACAAAUUUCCCAGUAAUGCAAUCAGAUUAGUUUUAUUCUGCUUUUAUUUUACAAAAAGAAGAGGUAUUUCAAGUUUAAGUUUAACUUAAAUUUAAGUUUCCUUAAGAUUUAGAACAUUUGUGUCACUUUGGAUAACCUUUUAGUUUGAAGUUUGUGUGCUAGUGUUUUUAUAGAUAAGAAUAUAUAUGUAUAUUUUUUCAAAAUCCAUGAUUGCAAUUUAAUCAUCAUAUGACAUGUGGUAUGGGAGUAACCAAAGUUAUUUCUAAAAUAACUUUAUUUUUUAAUCUUUAUUUGGAAUUUUAUUCACAUAAACCUAUCUAAAUUUUUAGGAGUAUGUGUAUAUGAGAAAUAAUUUUUAAGGCAUCUAAGGAUAGUCUUGUAGAUUUUUAUUUCGAAAUGCUUCAUUCAGACUAAUUUUACUGUGUAACUUUUGGCUGAGAGAAAGAAAACGUCCCAAAAAAUUAUGACAUAUUUAGGUCUCAGAACCACUAUUUUCAUUCACAUUGUUUUUCAGAGGCCUUGAAAUUUUGGAUAAGAGAAUGGAAGAAAGUACUCAGAGUACUUGAUUAUUUUGUUUUGAGUUUCCUUUAAAAAAAUUACUUCUAUGUGUUUUUAUUGUGACUUGAUACGUAGUUAAGAGUAGUGUAGAAGUGCACAAACUUUAUCCCAAUAAGGAUAAAACUUAAGGAAAACAACAAUAAAAAACCUUAAAGAUGUACACAUUUUAUAACACAGCUAAAAGUUUAGUGUGCUACCUGUUCUUUAGUGUGUGUGUGUGUGUGUGUUUGUGUUUAAAGGAGACAAAGUAGGAAGAAUAGGUUAAAAAAAUUUACUUCAUUCUGUUAAUAGUCAAAGGAUGGAUUGAGCCCCAUAUGGGUCUUAUCCUGUUUUAAUUGUUUUUGUAUCAAAACUUGAAAUUAUUCUAUUUCUAUUGGGAUAAAAAGAAUCUUCGCCUUUAGUGAAGAAAAGAUCUGAUUGUCAUUAGGUUUCUAGGAUUUAGUAAACUCUAGCUAACUGUUUAAAAUGUACUGAGGCACAAGUAUACUAAAGACUUGCCAGACUGGCAGUGCUUGAAGUUCAUCAGCAUUCUGUGUUUGAGAGCUGAUUUUUGCAAAGUACUCACCAUCCUUGAUAGCUUUGAUAAAGGUUAGAUUUCAUAAGGUUUUUUUAAUUUAUUUGCAUUAUUCCACUAGAUCAUAAAGAAUUGCUUAGAAACUUCAUUUUUGUAAUAAUUUCAAUAAAUUCUUAACUAUAUCCAGAAUUUUAAAGGAAACAAAACGUUUCAUCUAAUUUAGGCUGAAACCAUAUGUCAUUGUUUCAGGAAUUAAAAAGUGGGAUAAUCCACUUAUGUAAAAAAGAGAAAACCCCUCUCCAAAACAUCCCACGGUCCGUGUUUUAAGCUUAUCCAAAGGUCCCUGUCAGGCAUUUUGUAUGUUUAUGUUGAUCAUUUACAAACAAGAAAGCAGUUUUCUAGAUGCCACCUAGAAUGUUACUGCCUCUCGACUUUAAACCUUGGCUUUAAUUACGUCUGCAAACAAUGAAAUUAUAUUUCUCAACUAAGGUUGUACUUUCAUCAUCAUUUAUAAUAUUUCAAAUAUUCUCAAAAGGAUUCUCACUUUUCUUCAUUUAUAUUCAGUGAUAGAAAUCCUCCCUCUCUUCAUGACUCAGCCCCAUAACUAACCAAAGAUGGUGACAUGCUAGAACAGUAGUAAAGGCAACUUAUUAAUAGGACAUAAAUAAAAAAUUUGUCGGUAAUUUGAGACUCAGAAUGGCCUUUUUUUAAAAAAAUAAAACCAUUACCAGAUUCCUAAGCUAAUCUGGCAUAACCCAUAAUGCACCUAAACAUUAGUCUUAACAUUUAUUUACAUUCAAGGCCAGGGAGUCGAGGGCAGGAGAGUUGGCGGAAGGGGAGAGGAUGACGCCUUCUGACUUGGCUAGAGAGCUAGCCUUUGAUAAGAGUCGGAAGAAAUCAGUCAGUCUUUGGCUCCUCUCACUUUUAUCUCCCUGGGCCCAGGGGCUGCCUAUUCCACAACACUCCUCUCCGAAUCAGAAGUCAUCUUCUCUCAGUGUCUGAUUGCGGCUCCUGACACCUGAUUGCAAUCAUGGGGUGGAGAAUGCUUGCUAAAUUAUGCAGUUAAUCCUAUGGUGCUUGAAUUUCUAGGCCUUUAAAAAAUCUUUGGGAUAACGAUGUGCAGAUUUUUGUUUAAAUAUUGAAACUUCCUUGUACUACAGUUUUUAUAUUGACAGCCAAACAUAUCCUUUAUUUUUCUCCAGAUGGUGAAUAAAGUGAUUUUGGAGGGCUGCCAGCUAGAAAAGUAUUUCCUUUCAUCUUAGACUUGUAGAGCCCUAGCUCAUGUAGCUGCCUACUCAAGAAAUGCAAAUCUGUAUUCAUCACGACUUUGAUAACAACAAAAGGAAAGUUUUCCUAGUAGUGCAGAGGCAAGAGGAGCGAUGCUGGUGGUGAUUUUAACUUCUGCAAACGUUGUUGAGGUUUCCUGACUGUACUGGUGGUCUUCUCUGUGAGCAGUGAGGUUAUACUAGAAGUGACGCUUCUAAACAAAAUCAUUACCUCAUAAGCAUAAACAAAUCAGGCCCAGGAGUAUGAGUCCUAGAAAUUUGUUCCUGAGCAGCUCCAGUCAUGGUGCUGGUGUUACUCCUGUCUGGUUAUAGGAGGCCAUCUCCUGUCUGUAGGACUCUGGCCUGAAAAAUGCCACUGGGACACCAAACUGAGCACCUUCCACAGGGACAUUAUUUCCUCCUGAUGUCAGUUCAGUUAAUGGAUUUGGUUUUUACUAUUAUAGAAUUUUGGCAAAGAGGGAAAAUAGUAGUCCCUCAGUCUUCCUGUGUUUUUUUGCAUUAGAUUUUGAUGUUUCAGAUUGUAAAAGGCUUUGGGGGAUGAUAUUACAUGUGAUAGGAGUAAUUUUAUUGAAGCAACUGCAUUGAAAUCCACUUGGGUUUUCUCUCAUCAGAUUCUAUUCCAAAAAAGUAUUCUCUAAAUCCAAAUGGAUUACCAGUGUGCUAUGGAUUUAUAUAGAACAACAUUCUGUGUUUGGUCUACAUUGAAAAUAGUUUGCAUCAGUUAGUCUUGGUUACCAUCUAAAAUAUUUUUAAAUGUUCUUUACAUGAAAAUUUAUGUUGUAUUUUUAAACCUUUAGGGGCUUUAUCUAUUUUUCUAAGUCAGUUAACUGUACUUUAAAAAAAAGUAUUUUGUAUCACAACUUUUGUAACUUCAUCAGAAUAAAAUAUAUUGAAAGAAA